AUGUCUUUUGGCCAUCUCCCGCCAGAGCUCCUGCCUGUGAUCAUACGGGGGCUAGACUCCCCUCACGACCUCGUCUCGCUCAUAAUAGCGUCUUCCCGGUGCCACGCAUUUUACUCCGCCGCGCCGUCUGUCUUCCUCGCAUCGAUCCUCGAGAAUGCGAUCCACCCUACCGCCAUACAAUCUGCGUUGGCUGCUCUAAACGCCCCGAACGGGAGCCAGUCCAAAGAUCCCGAGGCCCUGGCGAGAUUUGUAGAGAGGUAUUUCGAGGGUGGUCGGUACACGUUUCCCACCGAUAUGGAGAACCUGAAGGCCCUGUGCCGCCUCUACAACCGCACAUCCUCCUUCAUCCGAGACUAUGCCUCUCGAGCUAUGCAAGCCAUGGGAGACCAUCUGUCUACCGUGGACCAGAUCGCAUAUACUCUGCCAUCUAUGCCAGAAAAGCAGGCUCUGGACCUGUCAAGGUCAGAAAACGCCAGGUUCCAGAGAGCGUUUCUCAGACUUGAGGUCUAUUCCCUGGCCUACCCUCCCCCCGAUGACCCGCAUGAGCAACACCGCCAUCGGUUCUUCACGGCCGAAUCGCAAUUUAGCCAUUUCGUAUCCCGCAUGGAACCAUGGGAGGUCGAGGAGAUGAGUUGCGCUCACUUCUACUUUCAGCUGAUGGCAGGCGCAGCGUUUGACCAAGUUGAGGAGCAGCUCGUAGAAGCUGCCAUGUCUGCCCCAGGUGUCUGUCGCUCCGCCGACACUGUCGCAGUAGCCAAAGACCUGCCAUCGCGAUAUCACGGUGGCGAGCCCAGGGAGCUCUUUGACGGUACGGAGGUCAGCGUUCUGCUCAACUUCUCCAGUGCGAUGCGCGAUAAGUCGUACUCCCUUAUCGGUUUCAUAGCGUCACUGGGGUCCUCGUUCAUGCAUCAGCUCAUCACUGCAGAUGCCAGCACACGCAGAGACAUGGUGAGAAGCCUCGAUCCGGCGUGGUAUCAGAGCUUCCUCCCAGAGGCUAUAGAUGCACAAGACGACGCCCCAGACACCAUCAUGCAUGUGCUUACGCCUGAGGAUUGCCAUGACCCUCAUCGGCCGCCCGCAGGCGCCGGCUAUGGCCUCUUCAAUCGUGAUGGGCAGGAUGUCUAUUGGGAGGCGAGUACCUAUCGAUACCAGGCCCUACGUGAGAGAGCUUUCGUCUUCUGGGACAGUGAAAGGAUCUCCGGUAGCCCGGAGAUGACCCGCAGCCUUGAAGAGGCAGCAUCCAUCUUCGGCAUGAAGCUUUUUCAACUCUACGACCGUACUGGGCGCUUAUCGGUUGAGGAUCGAUUGCAGGGCGUCCGCAUCCCUCGAGAGCACAUCUCCAGAAUCUAUGAUGAGUUCGGAUAUCCAGACUAG